CUUUUCAUCGCGUGGAUGGAACCAAGACAUGGAUUUUCUUAGACACGCUUCCUCCCCCCGUCUCUCUUCUUCCCUGACUUCCCGUCCCUCCUUCGUUUGGAGGACAAAUGGAGCGCACAAAUGAUGGAGGACACAGAUGUGGAUUAAAAAGCAGGAAGGGGACACUCCGGCUGAGGACAGAGCUUCUGACUGUGAUGGGCUGUCAAACAUCAUCUGAAGGAUCCUACCAAAGAAUAUCCUCUCCUGACUUAUACUGAAGAACAAGUGUCCCUCAGGGGGACCCUCCUGAGUAGCAGAUGAACCUUCAGUGGACUUCAGCUACAUUCUGGAGGACGUCAGAUGUAAUAUGAGAGGAUCGCUCAGCUCAUAAUUCAAUCACCUUCUCAUGUUUUGUCUCACGUUACUCAAACGUGAUGGGCCAACAGUGACAGAACAUAUCUGCCAAUGCAGGAUCUUUGUUAGUUUUCGAGGAGUAGCAGACAUCUGACCAUGGAUCUGAAGGAAGUUUUCUUCAUCAAACUGUGAGGGAGUGUGUGGUGAAGACUGGAUACUGAGAGCUGGACGGAUUAGCUAGUGAGCUCCUAACCCAUGCUGGACCUGCUGUGAGCAGGACAAAGGACUCAGCAGAGGAGGAUGUCCGCAGAGGCCGAGCUCCAAUCGGGUGUCAAAACCAUCCAACGAAAGGAGGCCAGAAGGAUCAAAGGUCAGGACCGCAGCGAGGUGGGGCUUAUUAAACGUUUCCGUGGAGAUGGCGUUCGCUACAAAUCCAAGCUGAUCGGGAUUGAUGAGGUGACAGCAGCGCGCGGCGACAAGCUGUGCCAGGACUCCAUGAUGAAGCUGAAGGGGAUGGCUUCGUCAGCACGUUCCAAAGGGGAGCACAAGCAGCGGAUCUUCUUGACCAUCUCUUUCGGCGGGAUCAAGAUUUACUGUGAAAGAUCCGGGGUGCUUCUGCAUCAUCAUUCAGUCCAUGAGAUCAGCUACAUCGCCAAGGACACCAGAGACCAUCGGGCCUUUGGCUACGUCUGUGGGAAGGAGGGCCAUCAUAAGUUUGUGGCCAUUAAAACGGCACAAUCUGCAGAGCCUCUAAUACUUGACUUGCGUGACCUUUUUACGCUCAUCUACGACAUUAAACAGCGAGAGGAGAUGGAGAAGAAGGCCCAGAAGGACAAACACUGUGAGCAGGCAGUUUACCAGACCAUCCUGGAGGACGAAGUGGACGAUCCAGUUUAUCAGUACAUAGUGUUUGAGGCUGGACAUGAACCCCUCCGUGGUCCCCAGUCAGAGGAGAGCGUUUAUCAGGUCCCAACCGGUCAACAGAAGGAAGGAAUCUAUGAUGUCCCAAAACGCCAUUUUAUGACUAACAUCAACCACUUUGAUCUUUUCGGCGACAUGUCCACUCCCCCCUCAAUGCCCCCAUCACCAGCCAACACACUGGACCCAAGCAGGAGCAGCCGCCAGCAGCAGCACACUCCUGCUGAGCUGUACGCACCCUUUAGCCCCACCUCUGUGCCGUCAGGUUACAUGACGAUGGGACCCGUUCAGGCUGCUCAGUGGUCUCAGCAACCAUUUUCUGCUCAGGCUCAGACCCUGGCCUUCCCCGUGCAGGGGCCUCUACAGGUGGCUCAGGUACUCCCUGGUGGUCAGCCUCUCAUCUGGAGCCAGGCCAACAUUUUUUCUGCCUCUCAGCAGCAGUGGGCAGCUAUGGCAGCCUACAUGCCGGCUCAGACAGUGGGUGUGGGGGGCCACACCAUUCCAGCCGCCAUGCUCCAAGGCUUGGUACCCAUCACCACUGUGUGUCCCCAGGGCUGUGACCUGUCUGCCCCCUCCUCAGCUAUCACCAGCCCCCAACACACGGCUGAUUUAACCAUGCUGCAGAGACAGCUUAGCCCAGGGAAGGACAGACUAGGGGUGGAUUCAGAUGCUGGGGAGGGCCCUUCUACGUCAGGAAUGGCAGCUGUGGGACUGGGUGCUGUGUCAGCAUCAGGGAGCAGGUGUGGGACCCCCAGCCUCGUAACUGUACCCAACACACUGGUCUGCAGUCAGCUGCUGCCCCCGCAGACUGCUGCCCAGCAGGAAGACGAAGGAAGCUGUAGUGAUCUUGAUCUGUCCAGGAUGACUCUGAGCCCGGGGGCCUCUACAUCACCGUCCACUGGAUCUCCGUCCACACCAGCUCCUCUGCAGAGCUCAUCCUCAGACUGCCCCCCCUCCCAGGUCAGCGACCCCCCAACAGAUCAGUCCCCUACUGAACUGGAGAGCAUCGCCAAGGAGGACCAAUCAGUGAGUGGACCUGGAGGCCGGGCCUAG